CUCUCUCUCUCUCUCUCUCUCUCUCUCUCUCUAAUGGAAACUCACAUAGACAGCUUCUGGAUUUUCGCUCUCCCCACCAAAUACCAUGACCUCUCCCUUCCCAACCUCCUCCUCCUCCUCCUCCUCUUCGCCACCACGUGGCUCCUCCGUGCCCUGUCCCGCUGGGCUCAUCCCGGCGGUCCCGCCUGGGGCCGCCACCCCCACCACAGCCGUAACGAUAGCUGCAGCCCCAUACCUGGCCCGCGAGGCCUCCCCGUGCUCGGCAGCAUGCAGCUCAUGCACGGCCUCGCCCACCGCAGGCUCGCCACCGCCGCCUCCCGCCACCGGGCCAGGAGGCUGAUGGCCUUCAGCCUCGGCGAGACGCGGGCCGUCGUCGCCUCCGACCCCGGCGUUGCCCGGGAGAUCCUCAACAGCUCCGCCUUCGCGGACCGCCCCAUGAAGGAGUCCGCCUACGGGCUCUUGUUCGACCGGGCCAUCGGGUUCGCCCCCUACGGCCGGUACUGGCGGGUGCUCCGCCGGGUUGCGGCCAGGCACCUCUUCUCCCCGAGGGAGCUCGGCGCGGGCGCGGAGCGGCGGCGAGCGAUUGCGGAGCAGAUGGUCUCGGCCAUCGUCAGCCACGGCAGAGUGAGCUUCCAGGUUCGGGAGAUCGCGAGCCAGGCAUCGCUGAACAACAUGAUGGGCUCGGUGUUCGGGCGCGAGUACGAGCUUUUGCAUGAGAAUGAGGAGACGCGAGAGCUGAGAGGUCUGGUGGAGGAAGGUUACGACCUGUUGGGGAAGUUGAACUGGUCCGACCACCUCCCUUGGCUCGCGGGUCUGGACCUCCAGAGGGUGCGGUUCAGGUGCUCUGAGUUGGUGCCCCGGGUGAACAGGUUCGUGGGCCGGAUCAUCCAGGAACACAAGUGUCGGACCGGUCCGAGAAGCUCCGAUUUUGUCGACGUUUUGCUCGCCCUUCAGGGGCAUGAUAAGCUAUCGGACCCCGACAUGAUCGCUGUUCUUUGGGAAAUGAUUUUCAGAGGAACGGACACGGUGGCGGUGCUGAUCGAGUGGAUCUUAGCGAGGAUGGUGCUCCAUCCUCACAUCCAGUCAAGGGUCCACGAGGAGCUCGACCGCGUGGUGGGUAGAUCGCAACCAUUGAUGGAAUUGGACCUCCAGUCGACACCGUACCUCUCCGCCGUCGUGAAGGAGACCCUCCGAUUGCACCCACCAGGCCCGCUCUUGUCGUGGGCGCGGCUGGCAAUUGUAGACACAACCUUGGGUGGUUACCAGGUGCCUGCGGGCACCACGGCAAUGGUCAACAUGUGGGCCAUCACGCGGGACCCAGAAGUAUGGGCCGACCCGCUUGAGUUCACCCCGGAGAGGUUCAUGGGUCGGGAUGACGCCGGUGCCGAGUUCUCAGUCUUUGGAUCGGACGCACGGCUCGCCCCGUUCGGGUCGGGCAGGAGGGUCUGCCCCGGGAAGGACUUGGGCUUGACCACGGUGACUUAUUUGGUGGGACGGCUGCUCCAGGAGUUCGAGUGGGCCCAGGUGGAUCACAGCCCAGUGAAUCUAUCUGAAGUGCUCAGGCUGUCCUGUGAGAUGGUCAACCCGUUGACCGUCAAAGUGAGUCCUAGGCGAUCUUAAAAAAGAAAUGUUCAUAUUAUGCAUAGUCAGACGAAACUGCUUCGUGCGUGUGAGUGUGUAUAG